AUGCUUCCGAAGGUCGUUUUUCUUUUCGCUUUGGCGUAUAAUGCGGCAUUCGCAGCUGCACUUCCAGCGCUGUCUGCUCCACCGGCCCAAUACACCGCGAACCCAUCCAUAGGUGGCGGCAGUGGAUCCUACAAAGACAGCGCGCACUUCCGAGUUUACGGAGUCGAUUCGGCGACAGCCGAUACGACCCUUAGAAUCAUGGAAGCGACACAUCAAUGCUUUGUCGAGGAAUUGGGUUGGCGGACGCCGGGGCUUUCGUACAAGAAUACAGCGAAUAACGGGCCGUGGUAUAAGACCAACCUGUACAAGGUCGAUGCCAGCGCGAUGCCUGGAGCGGCUGCGCAGACGUGGACAGAUGCAAACGCUGGACUGGCGUAUCUCAAGAUAGUAGGGCAAUACAUGACGACGCCGGGUGUGAUUGUGCACGAAUUCGGUCAUGCCAUGCAUUACUCGGAGAAGAACUGGAUCGAUCAGACAAGAACUGGUGCUUGGUGGGAACCGAUCGCAAACUUCAUAGCGGACACCUACAUCGCGACUUCAACCUGCGAGAAAGCGAAAGCGGCUCAAGGCCUCGGCAGUACCGGCGACAGCCUCAUCGAUCUGAAGAAAGUUAUUGGCGACAGUUACCAGGUCCUCGUCGAUGGCACUUCAGGCUCCGGAAAUUACUACCAAUCGUGGCCUUUUCUGGCAUACAUAACCAACAACCCGGAUGGAUAUACGGGAUUGGGAAAGACGGUGCUGCUCGAUAUGAUCCGCAAGUACAAAGUCAACAGCAAUGAGACGCCGCUGCACUCUCUUGAAAGACUGUUAGGCAGGUCUGGAGUCUCGGUCCAGAAAGUUGUUGGUCGUUACUGGGCACGCAUGGCGUUUGUGGAUAUCGGUCACUCCAGGGCACAGGCUCUGUUCAAUUCGCAGCGAAGGACUCUGAACUAUGGAAACCUGGACUCCAAUGGCAACGGUAAGUACGCAGUGAAGAGCGCCAGAGCACCACGGUACAUGGGGGCAAACAUCAUCCCGUUGAAGCUAUCAAGCUCCACGAUCACGGUUGGCGUGACGGCGAGCGGUUCGUAUACGGCGACGCUGGCAAUCAAGGCAUCCACGGGAGCGGUCAGGUAUAUGGAUGUGGUGGGCACCAGCACGACCGUGACCCUGGCGACUGGCGAGGAGGCGGCCGUUGUUAUCGCGAACACUCCCCCCCUCGUUAUGUAUGAUCCAUUUUCAAUCCCAUCGGACCUCAACAGGGGAUUGUCAUAUAGCUUGCAGAUUACAGGAGCCACGGUAUGA